AUGGCCAACUUUCUAGCCUCAAUCUUUGGCACCGAGCUCGACAAAGUCAACUGCUCCUUCUACUUUAAAAUCGGCGCCUGCCGCCACGGCGACCGCUGCUCCCGCAAACACGUCAAGCCGUCGUACUCGCAGACGAUCCUCAUGCCAAACCUCUACCAGAACCCAGCGUACGACCCCAAGAACCGGAUGAACCCGUCGCAGCUGCAGAACCACUUCGAUGCCUUCUACGAGGAUAUUUGGUGCGAGCUCUGCAAGUACGGGGAGCUGGAGGAACUAGUAGUCUGUGACAACAACAACGACCACCUCAUCGGCAACGUGUACGCGCGCUUCAAAUACGAGGACUCCGCGCAAAAGGCCUGCGACGAGCUCAACUCGCGCUGGUACGCCGGCCGCCCCAUCUACUGCGAGCUCAGCCCCGUUACCGACUUCCGCGAGGCCUGCUGCCGCCUCAACUCGGGCGAGGGCUGCGUCCGCGGCGGCUUCUGCAACUUUAUUCACCGCAAGAAUCCGAGCGAGGAGCUGGAUCGCGAUCUGACCCUUAGCACCAAGAAGUGGUUGAAAUUGAGGGGUCGGGACGAGCGAAGUAUGAGCAGGUCGCCUACGCCAGAGGCGUCCAAGAGACGAUAA